AUGAUGCGAGUCGAGUGUGCAAUCUCGGGGUCUGCUCCACAGCGGUGUUCUCGCUCCGCAGUGUACCGCGUCGUCUGGGUCUUCUGCGAGCUCUUCUCUGAUGGCAUAUUCGGCGAGCUGCGGGCCUUCCUCUGGGUCCUCCACGGGUCCGUCGCAGGGGUCUCUGGCUGCGUCGAAUGCGCAUGCGGCUUCGACGGCUGCACGCUCGAAUUCGUCGCCCGACCCCGGCGGUGGCCCGCGUGCCUUCCUGGCGCGCGCCGCGGCCGCGGCGGGCUCUCGGCGCGCGCGGGAAGGGCGGCCAGGCGAUGCGAUCCGGCGGCAGAUGUGGAAGGGCACGACGGAAAUUGA